GAAUUAUUUCGUCGCCAUAUUGAAAAUUUCAGUCGGUGUAUUAAGUGUGGAAUUUAUUUUAAUUAAUUGUUAGUAAAUUAAUCUUAAUAUAUUUUAUGCGUUAAAAUUGACGUACAUUUAAGAGAUUUGCUGUGCAAUGAAUUUAAGUAAUAAAAGUAAAUAUUUGUUUCACUAGUGCGUUUGUUUGGAAAAUCAAUAUAUAUAUAUACGUAUUCAUAUGUAUAUAUAAAUACGCACAUGUAUAUGCGUGUGUGCUUGACUUCUAAAUAUGUAUCCAGAAGCAAUAUUACCUUUGGUUCAAACUAAUAAAGAAAAGAUUAAUAAACAAAUUCUGGAAAGAGUUACUUAAUAAAAAGAUGUUAAUAUAAACCAGAAAUUUUGAACGAAACCCCGAGAGAGAUGUGGCAGGUCAUACGUAUGCAUAUGCAUUCUUGUUAAAGAGUGCGUGUGUUUUGUAAACAAAAGCAAACGAUCGUUUGUCAAAUAAAAAAAAAAAAAAAAGAUUGGUAUAAAAAUUUGGUACUUCGUGGUCCACGCGAACUUCACAAUUUUGGAAACAAGUCGCUUUAUGAUUUUAAACAAGUUGAAAACUCAAUGCUUCCAUUUGGUGUAUUGGAAUUAAUUCUAAGCAAAUAGACACACAAAAGAAACAAUAACAGGCGCAUUAAAAAACAUAGGCGACCGAUUGCAUUUGAAACCGGUUACGACAUAUUUCCGACAAAAAAACAAAGAAAUAUGUAAAAAAGAAAAAGAAUAUCUAAAAACACACCAAACUAAUUUUAGUAGGCCGGAAAUUAACCUAUACUCAAUGUAAACGUACAGAUGUAUAGACUCUAAAGCCUUCUUAUAAAAAAAAUAAAAUGUGAAAGCUUCUCAGUAUAGGAGAAGGAUGUCUGAUCAGAUAAAAAAUGCUAAAAUUUGCAUAUAAUUAUGUCGUCAAUAAAGAAAUUGGUAGACAAUAAACAGCAACUUACUGUCCUCGCGUUGUUCAAUAAUUCAAAAAAUAGUGAAAAAGAUGAUGUAAGUGGAGGGGAUUUAUGUGAUUCGCAAGUGCUUCAAAGUGUGAUUAACUUGUCACAAGAACAAAAUAAGUCUGAAGAGGCAUUAAAAAGCACUAUCUCGGCAUAUAGUUCCAGUGUUCCACAUUUCGAAUCACAGCUCUCUUUAUUAAAAAAUGAAAAACAGCCCAAUGCAACAACAAUGCCAACUGACGUUAUGAAAAUAGAUGAAUCUAACUCUAAUUUAUCCAAAAAACAGGCAACAAGUUCAGAAACAUUUGACAGCAGUGGGACAUCGUUUAUCCGCUUGAAAAAGCAUAAUUCUUCGCUCAAAGCUAAUGCCGAGAAAACCAAGCGCUGCACCGACCGAUAUGAUUCAUCUGAAUCCUCCGAUAGUGGUGUAGCAACUUCUGUCAGUUGCACUGAUUCCAAUAUUGGAUCUAACGAAGAUGCUUCUGAACCUAAUUCACCCCUUAGCGGUCAUCUGGGAUCAUGCGACGACCUUCAACAUUUACCAAAAACUUCAAUAAAGAUUGUAAAUGAGAGAACAAAAAUGUCGCCGCAAACUUUGAAAGAAAUAAAUACUAGUGUUACCUCCACGCCGCCUCAGAAUUUAAUUUCAGUAUCAGUAUCGAACAUGAGUAGAGACGUAAAUGGUGGAGGCACAACAAUAGUUAAUUCAUCCAAAUUGAAGUUACCGGUCGAAAAAACUGUUAAAAAAAGUUAUAAUGAUGCCAAAAAUGCCACCAUGUUACCUGUACUCCAAUGGCCGUGGAAUAGUAGCUCAGCAGUUGGGACAGGCACGCAUUCUUCGCAAGUCCAGGCGAAAAAACGUUUAGCUUCUCAAUCGAAUGGUGGAGACAAUUUCUUAUCAAAGAAAGCUCGAUCAUGCGCAGCGGUGUCGAUUAUUUCAAAUACUGAUGGACAAACGGUAAAGAUUACACCUAAUUCUAACGGUGGAGCCAACGUUUCUAAAAGACUGAGAAAUGCUUCUCUCGAAGAGUCGCAAACAAAAAUUACAGGUUAUUUUAAAUCACAAAUGAAAUUGCAAAUGCCUUUAAGUAAUGGCAGCGCUAAGCAGACUGGUAUAACAAAUAGUCCUGUCAAUGGAGUCAGCACUAAACCGAGCUGUUUAAAACCAAACAAUCUUGCUAUGAAUGCCCCAGCUACGACUGCCUCAUUGAAUAAAUAUUUUAACGUUUUAGCGCAAAUAAAGGAAAAUAAUGGCGACAACAGACUAUGUAGCAAUAUUGAAGUUAGUAACGAAAGUAAAGCAGAAUCAUCUGAAGAGUCACCUUCCCUUCUAGCUCCGCAGAGGAGUGCGACAAUGCCUGCGCUGAAAAAGAUUGAACGGAGUAAGCCGACAAAAAUUGCUCAAGUAGCUCCAAAUUUACGAAAAGUCUCCUCCAGCAGUAGCUACAACAAUUCGUUGUCAUCAGCAGAAAUCAACGGUAAAUCGCCAAUAAAAAGGCAUGUGGCCAUUGCCCCUCGAACACCGGAAAUGAAACAGCAGUCAAAACCUGUGCUCACUAAACCAGAGAGCUCCAAGUCGUUUACAGCUGCCCACCAACCCACCAAUUCCACAAGUCAGCCACCAACAGUUCUUUUAACUGCCAUUCGAUUGCCACCUACACAGCCGACAGCGUCGAAACAAGUGUGCCAAGUUACAAAAUCGACACCACAUUCGACUCCUUCGAACACUAAUACCGCAGUGGCGAACACUGCUUCAGGCAGUACAACAGUUUAUCAGUUACCACUGCAAAUACCAAAUCUAGUUCAAUUACCGCAUUUGUUAGCUACCAAUAGCUCCAAUAUGAUGCAGCUUAACAACCUUGGCCCAACGUCUGCAGUAGCCAAAACGGCUUCUACCAAUACCACGCCCUCGGCGACUACUUCAGCUCAAGCAGCGCAAUCUGCUGCCUCACAAUAUUUCUUGAAUGGAACUGUUUUUAAAUUGCAACAAUUCACAACAGCAACAACGACAACAGCGACAUCAGCCGCAUCUUCUAAUCCAAACCCUUUCAAUUUCUUAAGUGCUAGUGAUUUGCAAGAACUAAUUUUAAAGCAACAGCAGCAGAAAGCCGCUAUUACGACGACCACCACAAGUUUUCAAGAAAUAUUUCAACAGCAAAUAGCUGCUGCUGUCGCUGCAAGUCAACAGCAACAGGCACAGUUUCAGCAAUUACAGCGUAUGAAUAAUGCGGCAAAUAUAUCACAACCUGUAUUUAUGACAACGCCAGCGGGGCUUUUGUUAAAUGCUGCUUCGUUACCAACCAUGUUGGCCCAAGCAGCUGCCGUUAUUGCUGUUAGUAAUCAGCAAUCGCAACAACAAAAAGCAAUUGCUUUGCCCGCACUUCAACCGAUACAACAAAAUCCUCUUCCCGCGCUAAGCUCCAUAUUCGCUCCGCAAACUCAACAACCGGAACAAGGCGAUAUACAACAACAACAAAUAGCACAACUUGCCCUUACUCAACAGCAACAGCAAUUUAUUACUUCCACCCAACCACCGCCGCUUUCAUCGGUUACACUUAAUAUUUCGAACAAUUUAUCUCCAUUGCAAACCGCAUUGCAAAAGCAACCGCAAUCGGUUGCACCCAAAUUGACUUUAGUCAAAGCGACAGCAUCCCCGACUUCUUAUCCAACAUUGAGUUCCCAGCCACCUCCACUAGUAACUAUUUCAAAUGCAAAAGGAAGAUCUCACCUUGUAACGCAUGCCACAACAGUCAAUUCCUCCUCGAAUUUAUGUACAAAGGCGUUGAUUCAGAAGCAGUCUGCCCAGACAAAGCCGUAUCAAAAGAAUACGACGAAAUUAGCAGCUACACAUGCAAAGAUCGCAAACUCCCAUGUAAAUAAAGUGAAGACUAGCAAAAUUGGUAUGACAAGCGGGAAAAUAUUUGCUACUUCAACUACCCCCCCGCCUCUUGUUCCAACAAUACAAACUAAAGCUUUGCAAGUAGUGCCCUCGAAAGCUAAUUUGAUAGCCUCUCGUCCGUCUCCAAAUUGCGUAAGUCAAGCCUCUCCACUUUUUACACCUUCUUUGGUAAGCAUAGUGAACACUUCGACAACAACACCAAGAAUUUCGAAAGACGCGUUUACCAGCACUGGUGGGGCCAAAGCGCACAUUGAUAAAACUGCAAUUCUUUCGAAAAGCAAAAAUUGUGGAUGUACAUCUGUAAGCAAUAGUUCCAGCGCAACCAUUGAAUCAAGUGAUACGUCAGUAUCGUUCUCAAACGUAUGUAAUAAACUUCUUGAGAAGCUCGAAGGCAAUGAUUCUAAAAUGUUAGAUAAGCCUAAACCUACUGCUGAUUUGUUUGAUUUGAUAAAAAAUUCGAAAAGUGUUCCCGCAGAAAUACCGAAAAAUAUCUCCCGCAAACCAUUGCCGCUAUCUAAUUCAUUUUAUGACAUCAAAGAUGAACCACUAGAAGAAUCAUCCGCUUUAGCAAUAAUUUCUAGCAAAAAGUGCAACGACUUUAAGGAAACGGACCUUAUAAGUUCCACAAAUAUAAAACGUAUUGACAUAAAGAAGGAACAGCUCAACGGCAAUGCUAGCGAAAAUGAGAAAAUACACGAUGUAAUUCAUCAAGAGAACUCCUCCUCAUCAUUUAGUUCACAUACAAAUUCAACAUCUUCUAGAACUGAUAUAUCGUUAGAGACUUCCACGUUAACUACAAUUUCCGCGACACCUUCUUCGUGCUCUGCUUCAAUGGAACCAACCUCACCAAAUAGUAACCUUCAGCUUUGUAUGAUAAACAAUUCUACUCCUUUAACAUGCGUCACGGGAGUUUUGUCUCAAGAUACGUUAAGCGAAAUGGUAGCACUGACUUGCAGUUUGCCCGAAUCGGAGGAAUCAAGUGUUAAUAUGUCAUCAAAAACAUUUAGAGAUAAAGCGCUUGUAAAGGAAACACAAAGUCGUGUUUUACCAUCGCCUGAAUCAGGCAUUUGCGGCAGCUUUAGCAGGAACGAAAGUUCAGACUCCUGCGCAAAAUCUCCAACCUCGACUUUAUGCCCGACAACUGUUGCGCAAUUGCGGCAAUUAUCUGGAAAAGAGAAACGUGUUUUUUCGAAUUCCGAAUCCAUAAAUAUUGAAUUGCCUAGGGAAUACCAUAUAACAUCGGAAGCCGCCAUUUGUCCAAUUGAUACAAAAUUAACUGAAGCCGCAUACGUUUUAUUGCCAAAGAGUACAAUUUCUCCAAUUUUGUCACAACCAAAAACUAUACGAUUUCCGCCCGAAUCAAGGUGUUUUCUUGGUACAAAAACAGGCAAACGGUCUGACGGUGUAUGCCAUUGGAACAAAUGCAAUCAAAAAUAUGAAAGUAAUUCUAAAUUACUUGACCAUAUGCAAAAUCAACACGUUAACAUUCAGACUGGACCAUUUUCAUGUCUUUGGGUUGGUUGCAAAGUAUACAAUAAAGAGUCCUGCUCACGACGUUGGCUCGAACGACAUGUUUUAUCACAUGGAGGCUCCAAACAGUUCAAGUGUAUUGUGGAAGGUUGCGGUCUUCGUUUUGGAUCCCAAUUGGCUCUACAAAAACAUGUGAAUAAUCAUUUCACUGCCACGGAAUCAAAAGAGGGAUCGAAUAAACGGACAUCCGAUCCCCCAGUACCGAAACAAUUGCGAAAAAAUGGCAAGAAACUUCGAUACCGCCGUCAACCAUUUUCAGCUCGUAUGUUUGAUUUCUUUGAUGCGGGAAUUAUGGAAGCGUUGCAACAUCGUUUACGGCAAAUUAGUACGCUAACUAAUGGUUACGGUUGUAUUACAUUUCAAGGCCAAUGUGUACUGCGUCGGAAGACAUUUGCCGGCUCAUUCGAAUGCUUUAUACGAUGGUCGCCUGGGGAGAUAAUUUCAGAUGAAUGGCUUCCGGAAAGCGAAGAACCGUACGUGAAAACUAUAAACAUAAAACAUAUGCAACCGGCUGAGAAGAACAAAGUGGAAAAUUUACUAAUGACUGCCUUUAAACUGCCAUACUCGCCCAGAUUUUUUGAAUGCGAGGCUAGAUUAAGUAAACAAAAUUUACAAUUGGAAUACGAUAACGAUUCCACCACAACUUCGGAUAGCGACGAUGGUAAAUGCAUAAAUGAUGUAGAAGAAAAAACUCCUCCAGCCGGCUGUCCUCUAACAAACUACAUAUCCGAUCAUCGAACCACUAUUUGCGAAGGGGUACAAAAGGAACGAAAACAGAGGCGGAAAUCGUUAAGACAUUUUGUAUAAGCAGGUUAUGUAUAGGUAAACAUAUGUAUAUGUAUACAACUACGCAUCGGGAGCAUCGUAGGUUAUUGUCAGCAACCAUCAGAAUUAGUUCUUUUGUCAUUAAUUUUUUUUGGUAUUUUGGACGUUAAAAAGUUGUCACGCAUCUCAUAUUUAUAGAAAUCAGCUUAUUUCUAAAGAUUUAAUUUGGAUUCACUCAUUAUUAAAAAUAAGAAGCGAUGCUAGCUAUCACUCAGAAUCGGCAUAGAGACGAAGAAUACAGAGAAAAUGAAAUUCCUACUGAAGAAGGUGAAAGAAGUUCCAUUUGAAAUAAGAAUUCAUUAUUUCUUUUGGCAAGUAAUGCUCUGAAAACAUAUAUAGCUUUUCAGUUAUUUUCGUUUGCAAUAAGGUAUGACGUUAAAGGUAUAAUUGAAAAUCUGAUUAAUUAAGUGCGAUGAAGCGCUAUGCUCAGCACUUAAGCGGUUAAAUUCAAUUUCAUUAGUAGUAAAGAAUUUAGAAGGGUCAUGAACGAUAAAACGAACAAUUCUACGAAGAAGCUACAAAAAUGUUAUAUACACAUUAUUUUGUAAGCCGAAUGUUGUGCAAACAUUUUUAAAAGGAGCGAUUUGUGGAAAAGUGCUGAGUUGUAAUAUUUUUUGAAAUAUUUUCAAAAUUUUUUCCAUUCUUCAUAACUGUUGUUUUAUCCUUAUUUAAAAGGCAAUACAGAGCAUUCACAAAUAAAUAGCAAAGGUUCGCUAUAUGCGGGGGUUAGUAUAAUUUCAUUCUUCUAAUUUUUGUUUUGAAAUAUUAUAACAAUAAAGUUUUUCAUUUGAAAGCAUGUGAGAUGAAAGAAUUUCGGUGCACUCAAUCUCUAAAUGACGACCUAUAGGUUAGAUAUGCUAAGCAGAAAAAAAAUUGUGCAUUAAAUUUCCCGGAGUAAAACGUUCCUUUACUUUGAGUGCAAAGAGUAAUUUUACAUUUUCCAAUUUCCAAUUUGUGAGUUGGAUCUCAAGAAAUAGCUAACGAUUAAAUGAGAGAAAACGAAUCCGUACAAACAUGUGUAUAUGUAUUUACAAGUAACAUCUUUUCUGUUUUGUGAUUACUUUUUUUCAUUCUUUGUAACACAAAAUAUCCAAUUUAAUAUUUAUUUUAAUAUUUUCCCGCAGAGAUAAAUUGCAUAUGACUAAUCACUCAGGGAAUUUCCCAUACAAAUGCCUGUAAGAGAUAGAUAGAGUGUAAGCAUCGCCUGUGAGAUUCAUUCCCGAUCGGUGAAGUAUUAUACCUUUACCGCCUGAAAUUCUAUCCCGCACUGGGAAUUGAAUGCCUCUAUGCCGACUUGAUAGUCGAGCUUAGAAACUGCUUGGCUGUUUGAUUCUUUUAAUUUUUCAAGCAACUAACAUGAUCAGAUAUUUUCUCAUAACCUAUUUUCUUUGCCCCAAGUAGGAUGCGGGUAACUGAGUUUGGAGUAAGAGCUGGAUUUCUAAGUCACUAAGCCAUCAAUUUUAUAUAAAUGGCUAUUUUAAGUGUGCCUACAUUUUCAGAGAGAUAAUCUGAAAUAAUUUCAAAGUUAGAAAGAGAAAGAGAGAGAGAGAGAGAGAGAGAUAGUAGGACCUUUUAAAUAUAUCGUAUGACAAGUACUGUUGCUUUUUCAUUGAAUUUAUCCUAAAGUAAAAAUUAGACCGAACAAUAGCAACGAAUUACAUAUGAGACUACGUUUAUAACUGUAUGUCCUGGCAUUGCUGUGCCAUUGUCACAAAAAUCUAAGGUAUUGUCCAUAUCCGAAUAAAGAAAAAAAGUAAGGAAAUUCUUUAAUUACACUGGGCAUUUUUAAUUUCCGAAUAUUGUUCUUGUUCAUUUCGUAUGGAUAUCACUAUUCAAUGAGCUUGAAUACUGGCCACAAAAUUCUUACCAUUCUUUUACGACUUCCAAUUUUUGUUUAUAAAAUGGAAUAUCAAACAAGUCUCGAAACCAAUUUUCUUCUUGUGAUUUUUUUGCUACCUUAGUGUAGUUAUGAAAAGUAAACUUGCUACAACGAAAACAUUUGUAUUUGGGACAUAAAGUAAUACUUAAUUGGUGCUUCGUAAGUUCACAAAAUUGAUGGUGUUAUUCUACAGUAUUAAUAAACUUCGCUUUUUGUAAUAGUUGAAGAAUUGGAAGAAUUUUUUUGUAAUGUUAAAUAUCUCCUUUAAGUUUCAUUACAAUCCACGCGAAGGCAAGAAGGGAUUGUGCCUUAAAAUUAAAUACAACCCACCAUCUUCGCUUCGUACAUAUUUAAUCAGGGGGUAUCCUUACCGCGCGUUACGGAGAAGAAUACAGCCGAGUAUUUUCGCUCGGCUUAGUGACUGCGGCAGCAUAUCCUCGAGUUGCUUCUGCUUUUCAGCUUCGCUUUUGGGCUUCUUCGCUUUUUAGUUUUAAAUUUCUAGGAAAUGUCAAAUUUUUGGGUGCAACGAACAUCUUCUGAAACAUUGGUUUUUGAAUGCGGUAUUCACCACGUCGAGUAGGAAGCCGUUUAAAAACCGUUUGAGCUUUAAUUGUAGGGAAACCUUAAAAAAAUAUUUUAGAUAAUUUCGAAAAGACUUUAGGUUUUUAUAUUAAAGCGUCGAAACUCCACAUCGAAGUAGGCAUUAUUAUCGAAGCAGUACUUGAUAAUCAUGCGCCAAUGAGGAUCCAAAAUGAAUAGGUCGGGAUUGCCUUAUAUUACAACAAGGCUCCGUGCGCGAGUUAUUGCUAAGUUAACCCGAUUCUCGUGUUCGAUGAAUCCUUGUCCAAGGCGCAAAUUGUUUUUUAUAUAGUCGUCAUUUGAUUUCACUGUUGAGAUCAAAAUUAUGUCGCGUUCCUAAAAAAAAUCAAGCGAAAGCAACAUUACUAUUAAUUCAAUCAAUUAGUGAAAUUUUAUGAAAGUUAUACCUGUGUUUGGAAUUGCUCCGCAAAACCAAUUAAUGUCUUAAUGUCUUUACGAUACAAAUUGACUGUCAUAAUGAAAAUCUUCAAAAUUGAAAUAAAUGUUAUAAAAUACUAAUAGAAGAAUUCAAGAUAUCGUACAUCAGUCUAUGGGUUAGAUAUUUAUAACGUCUUAUUAUUAUUCUUAUUAGCACAAGAGCUUCGCAGGAGCAAUUUUCUUACUAACACAUUUAUACAUAAAUACAGUCGCAAAAUAGAGAUAAUAGAAAUUCGCACUUACGUUCUUCGCUUCAAUGGAUUGAAUUGACACGAAUCACCACAAACAAUACCAUGAUGAUAACUUGAAAAGCAACCUCAGUGUAUUAUUUAUUGUAAAUUGCGGUAGCUAAGAAAAAAAAACAUAGCCAAGAAUUUUACACAAUUUAGUUGAUAAAUAGUUUUAGUUUAAAAAUAAUUCACAAGUGGCAAGUUAAAGUGCUCUUUGACACAAAAAACAUAUUUCUUACGGUCAUUUCAAUAUCCAAAGCAAGCAUGACAUCAAAAUUAAUCUAACUUUUAUAGGCGGCAUCAAAAUUUUGGUCAUACCAUUUUGUAAAACCCACAAACGAACAUCGGUCAACUAAAGAGUUCGAAUAGAUGUAGUUGCACGCCUCCGUCCGUAUGGGUUACACGUACGUAUAACUGUUAUUGUCGAAAGAUUAGGGAAUACGAAUGUAUAACAAUACAUCGUUGUUGAAUAUUGGCCAAAUUAACAAAUUAAUCGAACAAAAAUCCAAAAAAACAUAAUUUUCAAAAUCAUCUUUAACUAGUAGAACAGAUAUUGAUCAAAAGCAUGCUACAAGCAUAUAGAGAAAGGAGUUCCUGCUAAGAGCAAUAUAGGUAUGAAAAUAUGUAAAAAUUUAUAAAACAAUAUUUUGCGACUUACUUUAAAUAUUAUUCCAUAAUUUGAUCAAAAUUAUCCAAAAGAUUGGUGCAAGAAUCGUUCCAAAUGGAACUUGUGCACAUGCUUCAAGAAUUUUUUUGACAUUUACAUGAUGCGGCGAAUGCAACCUUUUCAUCUAAAUUCGAUAUAUUAGUUUUUAGUAUUUUAACUAACAUUAACUUUUUACGUAAAUUUAUUUAUUAAUAAUGAAACAAAUUUAAGCAAACUAUGAUACUCAUAUUUGAUAAAAAAUUAUAUAUGUAUGAAACUAUGAUCAAUUUACUUUGAAACUAACUCACUUCCAACUUUUUUUUUUUUUUUUUUUAAUGUAUCACUUGCCAAUUUUAUGGUAUUCUAAUAUUUUCAAGCAAUCUACGAAGAAAAAAAUUGCAAGAAAAAAAUUUUCCUUUACACUUGUACCUAUUCUUAUACUUCUUCUUCGUUGUGUCUUUGCUCGAUUUGGAAAGCAAUUUAACCGUUUUACCUACCGUACUCUAUCUAAGUUUUAAGCUACCUCGAAAACUAAUCAGCAAGGUUUAAAACUCAUUAUACGCUAACGAAACUUGAAAUUGAUAUAAAUCGAAUAUAAUUUUCCAAGAUUCAUAUAGUGGGCAUAUCUAAAAUUCUUGUC